CCCUAACUUUUACUGCCUUCCAUUCUCAACCAUGAGGCCCCUUCUCAUCAUUCUUGCUCUUCUCCUGGCAAACGCUGCUGCAGAUUGUGAUGUGCUUCAAGAUCUCUGCGUUGCCGAUUUGACCUCAGAAUUGAAAAUAAAUGGGUACACCUGCAAGAAUGCUGCAACUGUAACUCGGAAUGAUUUCUUCUUUGCUGCCCUUGCCAACCCAUCCCCCAUCAACAACAACACCCUGGGGAUUGCGGUGACUCUAGGUAAUGUUGAAAAAGGCCCCGGAUUCAACACGCUUGGUGUAUCUGUAGCACGCAUCGACUACGCCCCUGGUGGGAUCAAUCCUCCCCACUCGCAUCCACGUGCCUCUGAGGUUAUCUUCGUUCUGGAAGGUGAGCUAGAGGUUGGAUUCAUAACCACUGCAAAUGUGUUGAUGGCAAAACAAAUCAAGAAAGGUGAGGUAUAUGUGUUCCCAAAAGGGUUGCUCCAUUACCAGAAAAACAUUGGGGUGGGGCCUGCUGCUGUUAUUGCUGCCUCUAACAGCCAGCUUCCCGGCACUCAGUCUGUUGCUGCCUCCUUGUUUUCAGCCACACCAUCAUUGCCUGAUAAUGUCUUGGCCAAGGCAUUCCAUAUUGCUACCCCGGAGGCUGAAAAGAUCAAGUCAAGGUUUGCACCCAAGUAGCUAGAUGUCAGUCCUCUGAAUUUAAUACAAUCAAAGUUGGUGGAUAUUUGUAAGCCAUUAAUUCAUUAUGGUAUCAUAACAUUAAUUGGCAAGGAACUACAACACUCCAUCACGCAAAAUAGAUCAUUUUAAGUUUG